AUGGCCGCGGAGACGGCGGGGGACAUGGUGUGGGCGCGGGUGCUUGAGGAUGGCGUGUUCCGGUUCGACGCGUCGGAGGCGGCGCGUGCCGCGGCGGGGCCCAGCCUCUCGUUCGCGGACCCGCGGCGGCGGGAGGCGCCGCGGAACGGGGCGGACACGCCCGCCGUGGUCCCGGCGUUCGAGGUCGCAGCGGAGGGAGCCCAGAAGGUCGUGAUAAAGCUUCCUCCUGGGACAUCUUUCUAUGGUACUGGAGAAGCGAGUGGCCCACUUGAACGGACUGGGAAACGAGUUUUCACAUGGAACACAGAUGCAUGGGGUUUCGGGCCAGGAACCACGUCAUUGUACCAGUCACACCCUUGGGUUUUGGCCGUCCUCCCUGAUGGAAAAGCAUUGGGUGUCCUUGCUGAUACCUCUCGGCGUUGUGAGAUUGAUUUGAGACAAGAAUCAACUAUAAAGUUCUCUGCCUCAUCUGCCUACCCUCUCAUCAUUUUUGGGCCAUUUAAUACUCCAGCUGAUGUUAUGACAUCUUUGUCGCAUGCAAUCGGUACUGUGUCCAUGCCACCAAAAUGGUCACUUGGCUAUCAUCAAUGCCGUUGGAGCUAUGAUUCUUCUGAGAAAGUACUCAAGAUUGUUAGAACAUUUAGGGAGAAAGGCAUUCCUUGCGAUGUUGUCUGGAUGGAUAUUGACUAUAUGGAUGGUUUUAGGUGCUUCACGUUUGAUAGUAUCCGAUUCCCUGAUCCAAAAUCAAUGGUGGACGAUCUCCAUUCCAUUGGUUGCAAAGCAAUCUGGAUGCUUGACCCAGGGAUCAAGAAAGAGGAGGGUUACUUUGUUUAUGAUAGUGGCUCAAAAAGCGAUGUUUGGAUUCAAAAGGCAGAUGGCAGCCCGUUCGUUGGGGAGGUGUGGCCUGGUGAUUGUGUUUUCCCUGAUUAUACAUCUGAAAAAACACGAGCUUGGUGGGCUAGUUUGGUAAAGGACUUCAUCUCUAAUGGUGUUGAUGGAAUAUGGAAUGAUAUGAAUGAACCUGCUGUUUUCAACACUACCACGAAGACAAUGCCUGAAAGCAAUAUCCAUAGGGGAGAUGCUGAUAUUGGUGGUGUUCAAAAUCAUCCAUACUAUCACAAUGUCUACGGAAUGCUAAUGGCGAGAUCUACCUAUAAAGGAAUGGAAAUGGGCAAUGCAGUUAAACGGCCAUUUGUUCUUACACGAGCUGGUUUUAUAGGAAGCCAGCGUUAUGCUGCAACAUGGACUGGUGAUAAUCUUUCAAAUUGGGAGCAUCUGCACAUGAGUCUACCAAUGGUUCUUCAGUUGGGUCUCAGUGGUCAACCAUUGUCAGGUCCUGAUAUUGGUGGUUUUGCUGGAAAUGCUACUCCAAAACUUUUUGGAAGAUGGAUGGGUGUGGGUGCAUUGUUUCCAUUUUCACGUGGCCAUACAGAAACUGGAAGCAUUGACCACGAGCCAUGGUCCUUUGGUGAAGAGUGUGAGGAAGUCUGUCGCCUUGCGCUACUAAGACGGUACCGGCUACUGCCACAUAUCUACACUCUUUUUUACCACUCACAUACAAAGGGUAUUCCAGUUGCUGCUCCAGUUUUCUUUGCUGAUCCACAAGACCCUGAACUGAGGAAAGUUGAGACUUCCUUUCUCCUCGGACCACUCUUAGUCUGUGCAAGCACUUUACCUAAUAAAGGAGCUCAUGAAUGUGCACAUAAGUUACCAAAGGGCAUAUGGUUGCCUUUUGAUUUUGCGGAUUCACACCCUGAUCUGCCGGUGCUGUAUCUACAAGGUGGAGCAAUUCUUCCUGUAGGUCUUCCUAUUAAGUAUGUUGGUGAAGCAAGUUUGGAGGAUGAUCUGUCACUAAUUAUCGCAUUGAAUGAAAAUGGUAAAGCUGAAGGUGUCCUCUUUGAAGAUGCUGGAGAUGGAUAUGCAUUCACACAAGGAGACUUUCUUUUGACAUAUUAUAUUGCUGAACUCCACUCAUCGGUGGUUACUGUCAAAGUCUUAAAAUCGGAAGGGUCAUGGAAGAGACCAAAACGAAAUCUAAAAAUAAAUAUAUUGCUUGGUGGAGGUGCUAUGAUAAGUACAGAUGGUGUUGAUGGUGAAGAAAUACACCUUACAAUGCCUUCUGAAUCUGAAGUGUCAAGCUUAGUCGCAACUAGCGAAUUUGAGCACAAGAAACGAAUGGAGAUGAUUCAGCCUAUACCUGAUAUAGAGGAGCCAUCGGGGCAGGAAGGUGCUGAGCUAUCAAAAAUACCUGUUGAUUUGAAAAGUGGAGACUGGUUCCUUAAGAUUGUUCCAUGGAUUGGAGGCCGUAUUAUCUCAAUGGCCCAUCUUCCUUCUGAUUCCCAGUGGCUUCACAGCAGGAUUGAGAUAAAUGGUUAUGAAGAAUACAGUGGGACUGAAUAUAGGUCUGCUGGUUGCACAGAAGAGUACAAAGUCAUCAGGAGGUAUCUUGAACAAUCUGGAGAGGAGGAAUCUAUUUGUAUGGAAGGAGACAUUGGUGGUGGUCUGGUUCUCCAGCGCCAGAUAUCUAUUUUGAAGGACAACCCAAAGAUUGUUCAGAUCGACUCCAGCAUUCAGGCAAGAAGUGUAGGAGCUGGUUCUGGUGGGUUUUCAAGGUUGGUCUGUUUACGAGUUCAUCCUACAUUCACCCUGCUGCACCCAACUGAGGUAGUGGUUGCUUUCACGGCCAUCAAUGGUUCAAAGCAAGAGAUCUCCCUGGAGGCAGGAGAAAUAACAUUCGAGGGAGACCUCAGACCCAACGGGGAAUGGAUGCUAGUGGACAAGUGUGUCGGGCUGAGCUUGGUGAAUCGGUUUAAUCCCAGGGAGGUUAGCAAAUGCUUUGUGCACUGGGGAACUGGUGAUUUGAAUAUGGAGCUCUGGUCAGAGGAAAGACCAGUGUCCAACGAGACGCCAUUGAGGAUUUGCCACCAGUAUGAGGUGCGGCAAACAAGCUAA